AUGCUUCAUCAAAUAGUGAGGGACUCGUUCUGGGGCUCGGUCAUCUACUUGCUCUCAAACCGAAGGCUCUUCAAGUACCGAGAAGAAGACUUUUCUUUCGCCAAGCUAGAAAGCUUCAAGCACAAAGUCAAUGUCGAAGGCCAGGAACUUCCAGAGCCAGGCUUGGACAGAAACUUUUUGGGAGACGUGCUGCAUUUCCCGGACCUCACUUCUAACUCCGAAGAAAAAACUCUCACGGAAGAUGGCCCCAUAUUAAUUUCCUGGGACGGCGAUAAUGACCCGGAUAAUCCCCGCAACUGGCCCUUCUACUACAAGGUGAUCUUUGUGCUCAAAAUCAUAUCGAUGACGGCGAUGAUCUACAUGUCUGCGGCUCUCUACACGCCUAGCAUCACCACAGUGAUGCAAGAGAUGCAGAUCAGCAGACCCAAGGCAGUUUUGCCAUUGACGGUGUUUGCCAUUGGGUACGGAAUUGGCCCUUUGGUGUUUUCUCCCUUGUCAGAAAACGCCCGUUUCGGUAGAAACACCAUCUACAUUGUUACGUUGUUCAUCUUUUUCAUUUUGCAAAUCCCGACUGCGUUGGCUACCGACAUCACAUCUUUGGCUAUCUUGAGGUUUCUUGCUGGCUUCUUCGCAAGCCCGGUGUUGGCUACCGGAGGUGCCAGUAUUGGGGACGUGAUCUUGAGCGAGUAUAUGCCCAUGGCUCUUUCAUUUUGGACAGCAGGCACAUUCUGCGCCCCAUCCUUGGGGCCACUCAUCGGUGCAGCUCUCACCGUAAGGGGCGGGUAUCACUGGCCCUUUUGGUUCAUCUGCAUAUACUCGGGGAUUUUUUUCUUGGUGUUGAGUUUCUUCUUGCCCGAGUCUUCUGGGAAGGCGAUCUUGUACCGAAAGGCCAAGAGAUUGAGGGCAAUCACAGGAAACAAGAACAUCACAAGCAUUGGGCACAUCCAGAACAAGGAACUCAAUUUGAAAGAUGUGGUGAUGGAGGCGCUCUGGAGGCCGUUCCAGAUCACCUUCCAGGAACCUGUGGUGAUGUUUCUCAACAUCUACAUGGGGGUCAUCUAUGCCAUCAUGUACCUCUGGUACAUGGCGUUCCCCAUUGUGUUCAUCCAGAUGUACCAGUUUUCGACCGUGGCCGAAGGAGCUAGUGCACUUUCGCUCACAGUGGGCCUUCUUGUCAGCGUGUCGUUCCAUCUCCCCAUAGUGUACCAGCGGACCACGCGGAAAUUGAUCGUAGGCAAGACGAUCCAUCCCGAGGUGUAUCUACCCAUGUGCAUUUUCGGCAGCUGCUUGUUGCCCACCGGCCUCAUAAUCUUUGCCUGGACGUCUACGUUAUCGGUGCACUGGAUAGCGCCGAUGAUUGGCGCCGGAACCUACAUGUGCGGGUCGUACAUUGUGUUUCAAACGUUGUUCAACUACAUGGGGAUGUCGUUCCCCCGCCACUUGGCGUCGGUGUAUGCGGCCAACGGGCUUCUCCGGUCGAUGAUGGGCGGGUGCUUUGCGCUUUUUGGCACUGCCAUGUUCAACAACUUGAGCACGCCGAAAUACCCCGUUGCGUGGGGCACGAUGAUCUUGGCGCUCAUCUUGAUUGCGCUUAUCCUGGUGCCUGUGAUGUUCUACCUCCACGGGCCGCAGCUCCGGGCCAAGUCCAAGUAUGCCGAUGCGUGA